AUGCCAAAGAGACUAAGCGGAUUGCAAAAGGAGGUUUUACACCUCUACAGAACUUCUAUAAGGACGGCCCAUUCAAAGCCGAAGGAAAACCAAAUAAACUUCAUUAACUAUAUUCAUGAGGAGUUUGGCAAGUAUAAAAACUUGCCAAGAAAAGAUUUCACCACGAUUGAACACUUGCUAAGGGUUGGAAACAAAAAAGUAGCUACAUUUUCACAUCCUGAACUGACAAACAUACAUUAA